AAAAAAAAAAAAAAAAAAAAACCCACAAAGAAAGAGCGAGGGAGAACUAGGAACUUUCGAGCCUCUUCUCAUAAACUCAUUUUGUACCACCAUAACAACAACCGAGGAGCCCCGCCGGCCGUCAAACUCAGAGAAACCAAGUAUCCCUCCUGCCGGCAAAAAGGAGUGAACGAAUCCGUCCUGUUGAUAGCAAUGGCAGCAAAAGAUGCAGAACAAGUCUUGGACGUGCAGUCGGUCGUCGAAGCAGUGGUUGCAAACGAAGACGCUGAUGUUCCUAGCUACGAAGUAGAAAGCCUCUGCAUGCGCUGCGGCGAAAACGGGAUAACAAGAUUUUUGUUAACUUUAAUUCCGCACUUCAGAAAGAUUUUGUUGUCAGCCUUUGAAUGUCCACAUUGUGGUGAGAGGAACAAUGAAGUCCAGUUUGCUGGUGAGAUCCAGCCACGAGGCUGUUGCUACUGUUUGGAGGUUCAUGCAGGCGACCAGAAGAUGCUCAAUCGACAAGUGGUUAAAUCUGAAUCUGCCAUUAUUAAGAUCCCAGAAUUGGAUUUCGAGAUUCCAGCAGAGGCUCAACGUGGAACUCUAUCAACUGUGGAAGGUAUAUUGGUACGAGCUGCAGAUGGAUUGGAAGCCCUUCAAGAGGAACGUAGGAAGGUGGAUCCUCAGACUGCUGAAGCAAUAGACCAGUUUCUUGUGAAACUGAAAGCUUGUGCCAAGGGAGAUUCACCUUUCUCCUUCAUCUUGGAUGAUCCAGCUGGAAACAGCUUCAUUGAGAACCCAUUUGCACCAUCCAAAGAUCCAUCAUUAAGUAUCAAGUUUUAUGAGCGGACUCCAGAACAACAAGCAUCGUUGGGUUAUUACGUUGAACCAUCACAACCAGCGGAAGCUCAGGGUGGAGCAUCAACGGGUGGAGUUGAUGCUUCUAAUCAAGUUAGAGGAGAGGCACAUGGAUCUGUAGGAGCAAUGGCUUGCCAUCGGGCAAUAGCUCAAAGUAACAGUGGAGAGAUUGCUGAGGCCUUGUUUCGUUACACUGCACCAGAAGAAGUGAUGACUUUCCCAUCGACAUGUGGAGCUUGUGCAGUUAGAUGUGAGACUCGAAUGUUUGUAACCAAAAUUCCCUACUUCCAAGAAGUGAUUGUCAUGGCAACUACUUGUGAUGCUUGUGGUUACCGUAGUUCUGAGCUGAAGCCUGGAGGGCGAAUCCCUGAAAAAGGAAAGAUAAUUAGUCUUUGUGUGAAGGAUGUUAGAGAUCUCAGUCGAGAUGUGAUAAAGUCCGAUACAGCAAGUGUAAAAGUCCCAGAUCUUGAAUUGGAGCUGACAAGUGGCACUCUUGGGGGAAUUGUUACAACUGUUGAAGGUUUAAUCACAAAGAUAAGUGAAAGUCUUGAGAGAGUACAUGGAUUUACUUUUGGAGACAGUCUUGAUGAAAAUAAAAGAAACAAAUGGUUGGACUUCAAAACAAGACUAACCAAGCUCUUGAGUUUGGAACAGCCUUGGACUCUAAUCCUUGAUGAUGCACUAGCAAAUUCGUUUAUUGCACCAUUGACUGAUGAUAUAAAAGAUGACCAUCAGUUAACAUACGAGGAAUAUGAGCGAUCCUGGGAACAAAAUGAAGAACUCGGUUUGAACGACAUGGACACCUCAGCUGCUGAUGCUGCUUAUAAUUAACUAAUCAAAAGAAAUCCGCUACAUUAGAAAAUCUAGAAAGCUUUGGUACUCGAGUUUUUAGUUAUCCUAAAGAGGUUGAUUCCCCGGUUAUAGGUUUUGCUUUAUAAACUUGUAGAUAUCAAAAUUUCAUCCAUUGUUGUAUCUUAUUAUAUUUAUUCCUAAUGGAACUGCAUCCACAAAUGUAGGCGAUGUUCAGUGUGUUUACUCCAUAAAUGUCAUUUAAAGCUGAACAAACUCAAACAGAUGAAGGGUUUCUGUUGGCUUGAUUUUGGAACUUUAUUCCUAAAUUUUAAUUUUAGUUCCA